GCCCAUCGCGUCGGCUUUGGUUCCCAUUGGAUGAAAGAAGGGGAAGACAGGGGAAAAAAUUCAGAAUGAGUGGCGUGGAUUGGUGGGUGGGCGUGCCAGUUGGAGAAGCGCUGCUUCCGGGUUUGUCGCUCGGCUGGCAAGAAGUCCCGGGCGCGGCUUCAGGCGCCUCAGUCCCUCCGGGGUGGGGGAGGCGAUGAAGAGAGUCACCCUGUUUGUCAAUGGCAGCCCCAGGAAUGGAAAGGUGAGUGAGGGGCGCUUUGGUGAGAAGGGGCUUGAAUCGUGAGGAGAUUGACUUUAAUUUCCACCAUCCCAGUCAUGAUACAAAGCAGGGCAAGAGGCACGUGAAGCGACAGAGCCAAGUCUCUGCUCCCAAGCAGCUUACAAUCGAAAACAGGCAGUGAAGUUGCUAGAUCUCAAGGUCUGAUUAGAAGUCUACGGGUUUGGGGUCCCCUCCCCCCUUUCCCUGCUGUCCUAUACCAGUUUACCUGGGAGUAAGCCCCAUUGGGACUCACUUCUAUGUAGACUUUCAAUUUUAGUCACCUGAUUUAUAUGGCAUCCUUUAGAAACGUUUCUAGGGCGAAUUUAAUCCCCGCCCUGCCCCAAGAUAAUAUACACAGAUUAAAAUUAUACUGAACAGUAGCAUUUAUUUAUUAAAAAAUAAUAAUAGAGGUCACUGAGCAGGUAGAUUCCAGCAGUGCCACUUCUGAGAAGACAUCUUGGUGAUCCUCUUUCUUAGAAUGUCACACGGAAUAAGUACUGUAAAUCCUUUUUUAAAAAAAAGUUAAGGAAUUUAUGCCCUGCCUAUUUAACUAUAAAAGCCUUAAAGCAAGAAGGCUCACCAUAUAUAUUUACUGAUUUAAAUGAAAAUAAUCAUGUAAUUAUAUUCGAUAAAAUCAAUCACCCAAGAUUGAUCAGCUUGGAAAACUGGCAACAACUCUGUUUGACCCAAAUACGUAAAAUGAGUAUUUGUUAAAGCAAGGCACACAUGUAUUAGAAUGUAAUUUUAUUUUAUAGUGUAUAUUUUUAAAACUCUGAAUCUUAUUUUGAAAAGAAUUAGGCUACCUUGUUCUUGACAUUUGAUUUUAUUGAUAAUAUACACAUAAAUAUAUAAUAUACACAUACACAAAUUUAUGUAAAUUGUUUUGAGAAUUUUAUUAUUUAAGGGAUAUCCAAAUAAAAUAAAUGCAAUAAAUAUAUGUGGGGGAGACAAAGGAAAGAGUGAGUGGGUGGGUAGGAAGUAGAUAAUAAUUACUAUGGAAAAACAAGCUGGCAGAACGGAUUAGACUUUGCUGGGUUGUGGAAAGAGAGCAGUAACGUUACCAGGUGAAAGUGCCUAGGGAAGCUGUUGGAUUUGAGACUAAUAAAAGCCCUGCUGGAUCAGACCAAAGGCCUGUCUAGUCCAGCAUCCUGUUUUGCACAGUGGCCACACAGAUGUGUAGCAACCCCCACCAGCACCUGGAAUGGAGGGAUCACCCAAAGUUGCUGAGCUUCUUUUGGGAGAUAGCCCUGCAGCCCCCCUCCCAUGUUGCCAGAUGCACCCUCUCACAUCUCUGCCUCCAAAGGCUUGCACAGCUGUUUGUUGCAGCAGCCGUGGCUACAAGCACCUCCCUUUGGGGGCAGCCCAGAGACCAGGGGUGGCAGCAGCAGCUGACCGGAGGACUCUCAAGGAGAGGAGGCUGAGGAAACACUCCACAAAGGAGGGUGUUCAAAAAUGGGUGAGAGGCUGCCAGCUGUGCAGGCAAGAUGUGCCACAGAAAGAACUUGGUUGGUUGAAAACUUCUGCCCUAAAGCAAAAAGGUUUCACCUGGUACCCAAGAGUGAGUCAGAAAUUAGCAACAGCUUAAUAUAUAAUAAUUUAUUAUUUAGACCCCACCCAUCUGGCUGGGUUCCCCCAGCCACUCUGGGCAGCUCCCAACAGAAUAUUAAAAACACGAUAAAACAUCAAACAUUAAAAACUUCCCUAAACAGGGCUUCCUUCAGUAGCGAUUCUGGGUGGAGGGCAGGGAUUUCUACAUUACCCCCAAGUAUGGUGAUGGGUUGCAAGUUGUGUCCAAAACAAAAGGUUGAGUAGCUUAUUGCCCAUCAUAAUUAAAAAUAACACUAAUAACAUGACAUCCUUCCAGUAAUUACCGCCAUCCUUUCUGAACUGGAUGUAUGCAAACAGCUGAAUUUUCCAGUUUUCUUUUUUUCAUGUUAGUAAAUUUCACUCAGAGGUUUGUUUGUCUCUGAAACCUGUUCUUUUAAAAAAAAUCCUUGAUAACUGUACAUGUAAAUUGGUUCUGAAGACAUAGCCAUUAGCUGUAGACAUAGCCGUUAAAAGCUCUAGGUGGCUUUGGAAUUUAGUGAAACAUAGGUAAACAUGGCAUUCCAAAAAUGGUUUUAUUUAUUGCCUUUGGAAAUACUGAACAAGUUUAGAGAUGGAGCAGAUGAGUCAUACAGGGCGGAAAUUGUUAUUUGAAGUAGUUGUGUGUGAAACUAGUAAAUACAGUAAAAAUGAACCUUGACUGUGUCUCAUGGUUUGUAAGGGGAGAGAGCUAAACCACAAGUCACAGUUAAGAUGGCAUGCUCAGCCAAACCUUGACUUAGCUAAGCAUGGCUUGGCAGUAGAAAGGACCAGGGGGGAGCAAAGCAGCUGUGAGCUUUUCUCUGAGCCCACUUGCUUGCAUGGUCUGGCAAAGGCAUAGUUCGACUGACCAUGUCAUGUGAAUCAGAUCAGUCAGUUUUGAAGUUGUAACUUUUUUUGCAGGCAACUAUACCCAAGAAAAUCACAUGCAUAAAACUCUUGCUCUCUUAGUAAGCUAAAAUUAGUAUGCAGUGCCUUCAUUCUUUUUGUUUAAUGUUUUUAAUACUGUAUAAGGAAGUGUACACUAUUGAGUUGUAUCUGGAAACAUUUACAAAUGUCUUCCUAAAAAAAGCUGUUUGUCCUGGCUUUUACUUUUUGAAAUACGGUAAUGUCAGUACUAUAAUACAAAGCAGACUUUGUUUUUGUUGUUUUGUCUUAAGUAGUGCAGAAAGUUUGGCUAUUGAGCAGAGGCUCAGGUGACUUUUGACAUGUUAAAACCUACAAUGGCACACACUGUUUUGUUGACUAAACUGAAGACAGUCAUGGAAAACCUGGUCUAUUUUAGGGUUUUGGGUGGGAAAGUCUAAAAAGCUUUCUAAUUCAAAAUUUUCCAGAAAAGCCACUUUGCUGGCUUUCAUUUACAGUACUGGCCGUCAUACAUCCACAGAGGGACAGAGUAGAAAUAGCAGCAUUAAGCAUAAAUUUAGCAGGUGCUCUUCCUGUUGCUGUUUCUGCUCAUAAUCAACAACAGGCAGCCGAGCUCUGAUUAGGAACAAGUACAGGAACCAUAAAUAACAAACUGUGUGUGUUUGGGGCAAAGCAUCUUUCCCCCCUUUUCAUUCACUGGAACCCCAUGCACCUGUAGCUUGUGUUUUGUGAAGCUGCUGACUAUUCAAGAUCUUGUUUGAGUUAUGAACCUCUGCUUUAGCUGAAUGAAAACACAUGACAACUGCAUUUGAAUGUGCCGUAAUUCAAAUGGUGUUGAGGUUUCUGGCAUUUCCGCAUCUAUGUCUGCUAUUCAGGUUGGACAGGGAAUUUAGGUUCAUAAAACAAAAGUGGGGGCCCUAAAACAUUAACCACUGUUGGGCUAAAUACUCACCUUCUCUUUUUAUAGGUUGUGGCUGUUUAUGGGACACUGUCUGAUUUGCUGUCUGUAGCCAGUAAUAAGCUUGGAAUAAAAGCAACCAGCGUGUACAAUGGGAGAGGUGGGCUCAUUGACGACAUUGCUUUGAUAAGGUAAGUUGGGCGUGGAUUUGAUGUUCACAUGAUUGGAACUUUCUUGCAGAAACUAAAAGGAACCAACAGCUGCUUGGAGGGAAGGGGGUGACUGUCAACUGUCUGUUAGGAUACAAUGACCUCAUUGCACUGGAAUGUGCCAUUGCUUUCUGAUCUUCCAAAAGUGGGGUAGCUGCUCAUGAGGACCACUUCAAAACUGCUGGCCAAACUACACCUUGGUUUGGGGGAGCAUGUUGUGGACUCCCUCCUUUUCCCUCCUCCAUUUCCCGGUUUGGAGGAACCAGAGUUUGUCAUAAAGAACACAAUCUGCCUGUAUACCAGAAAUAAAAAUCCAUUUUAAAACAGUUUUCAGUUCUAGUAGGGUGGUGAGCCAGGGUUUGUAGUAAUCAUAGUUUGCCUGAUUCAGAGAUUAUUGUGGACUCUGAUUCAGCGUUCGAAAUUACCAGACACUAAGUGCAUUUUGCAACUGGAUGGAGCUGUGCACUUAGCACCUCCACUUGCCUGGCUGCAGUCAGCUGCUCUGCUGGGCACCGCGGCAGCAAAAGACAUCAGGUGAUUCACCCAGCAGCAACUGUCUCUAUCUCUAUAUACAAUUAUUAAUAUUUGCUGUUAGACAAAUCACCUGGUCUGCGGAGUAGUGUGGCAGCAAAAAGAAAAAAAAGAAAAAAGGCACACAGACAUUUUUUGGCUCCCACUACCCAGGAGCCACAUGGCUCCUUGCUUUCUAACACUGCUCUGAUAUACUUAUUACCUUAAAUAGUUAUUGUUAUGUAUUGGUUUUGUCUGAUGCCUUCAGAGGCUGGAAUUAAUUUGUUGGGAAAUAGACCUCAAACAAAUUCUCAUUCAGAUUUUCUUGCAAAAAUCUGCAUCUAACUUGAACUUUCUCCAGUGCCCUCAAUUGUGAGUGUUGUUGCAUUUUUUGGUGACUGGGUCAAAAUGAGGUGUACAAGUAUUGGAUUGCAAAAUUGAACACUUAAGUGUUUACUGAAAGUUAACUUUUAGAAAAUACAUUCUGCUAUCAGUUUUUGAAGACAAUUGAAACAACUGUUCCAAAUUUGGCAUUAACAAAAUAUUACUCUGCUCAUAGAGUAAUUGUGGCUUGUAUUGCACCAUUGACUAUGACAUGACUGGGUGUGCCCAAAUAACUUUUCCUGUGAGCCCAGAAAGCCUGCCUUGUUUGUGGGAAGUAGUUACUUCAGACACACAUGCAAAGGAGAGGGAACAGCUUAACAUAUUUGAGGGUGGGAUCAGAAGUGGAUGCUAGGUUUCUAAGAGAGGGUCUACACAUUCAGAAAAGCAUCAUGGUGCAACCCCCUUAGGACAGUGCCCGAAUGCAGGUAGGAAAUAGCAUGCCAAAAUGCUCCCCUGCAUCCCUGGUAGGUUAGCUCAUGUGCACAGUGAGUUUUUGAUGGAACACAUUCAGACAUGCAGUCCUCAGCCUGCAUUCUGUAGUAACACAGUCUUAGAAGGGUUUAACCAAAUUAUUCAUUCAUUCCUUUAUUUCAUAAAAUUUAUAUACCAUUUGAUCGUAGAAAACCUCAAAGCAGGUUACAAAAAAUAUUAUUACAUAAAAUUAUCUCUAAAAUAUUUACAACCAUACUUUAAAGCAUGCAUAAUUUAAAACAUGGUGGUGAUUGUUUUCCACCCUCAAUUAUUUACUGCCUCUCUGGCACCCAGCUAAUUAUCCUGGAACAGUUCCUUAGCUUUUAAUGCCCCUUAGUUUAAAUUUAAAACUUUAGAAAUUGAAGUUAUGCUUCUGGUCACUGUUGCCCUAAACCGAGUUAUUUACCGUCUCCUUGGACAUGGAAACAUUUGACUCUCUUUCUCUCUUCCCAUUUCAGGGAUGAUGAUGUCCUCUUUGUAUGUGAAGGGGAGCCAUUCAUUGGUAAGAAUCCAGAAUUUUGCUCUGUUGCUUUUUGUCUUGUGAAAUGGACAAGUUCACGACGGCACUAAAAGUGUUCAUGUACAUUCUGUGCUUACAGAUCCCCAGAAUGAUGUAAACACUCCUGAAGCAUUAACAGGCUCUCACUCAGACUGGAUAACUCUCAACGUUGGAGGGCGGUACUUCACAACUACCCGGUAAGAGCCUGUCACUUUAUUGCCACAAGGUGAUUUAUAUUUGCAAAACGCUGCAACGAACUCAGGAGUCGGCAGAUAAAAUCAUUACCAACAUUGCAGAAAAUUACUCCAUCCCACUAAAACACAGGCUCCAAAUUCUAGGCAGUACCUCUCGGCUCCAACCCUCUACAGUCGAAUGCCCUUUUAAAGUAAAUAAAUUGUGCUUGUUGGUUUUCUAAAUGAUGAUUUUGCUAUUGGAGCAAAGGGAAGGAAUGGCAUAGGAAAAAUAGGAAGGCCAUUGGUUCAUCUGCCUCAUGGUUGCCUGCACGGACUGGCAAUGGCUCUCCAGGGCUUCAGCCCUCCCUGGGGAUGUGGGGAAUUGAAUCUGCGGCACAUGAUGUGCAAAGCAUAAGCUCAUCCACUGAGCUCCGGCCCUCUUCCACAAGGUUUACAGUUAAAAGUACCAAACACAGAGGGAAUCUCUGCAAAACAAAACAAAAACCUACGCAAAACCUGAACAUCAUUCUAAAAAUCAAAGCCUUGAACUUAUUUGUUAAUACUUCUGCUUUUCCCCCCUAGGACCACAUUAGUUAGUAAAGAACCUGAUAGCAUGCUGGCUCGCAUGUUUAAAGAUAAAGGUUAGUAUGGACUAAAAUUAUUCUAAGUCAACCCCCCAUUUUUUAUGCUUUGUUAUGAGAGCCUCUCUCAAAGCAGAAAAAUUGUUUAUCGAAAGGUGCAUUGCAUAGCUUCAUUGGCAGCUGCCCCAUUGUAUGACAAGUUGGUUGUUUCUGCAAGCAAAUAAGCUUUUUGUCUUCUUGUUGGAUUAUUGUUCAUGUGGUGUGAUUCUCCAUUUUUGCUUCUUCCCUGUAUGAGUGAGAAGAAGAACAUAAGAAGCCAGAUUCAAACCUGGCUUCCUCUAACAAAUGAACUUGAAUUUUUCCCUGUACAGCAACAGAAAAAGAUGCCUAAUUAAUCUGUCUUACAAUACAGAGGAAUAAUCAGGAUUGCAAUCUUAAUUAUGCUUUAAAUCACUGGCAUGAAUUCAGGUUGGCAAGACAAAGGUUAAUUGCCCCCCUUGAGUCAUUGUGACAUCAAUUGAUUGACAAGUGGGCAGUCCCCCACCCUUUAAAAAUGGCCCACAGGGGCUGUGGGAGCUCAGGAUCCGGCCCACCAGGUGGAUUCUGUUUCACACCCCUGUACUAUAGGAAAGCUCAGAGCAGUAUUUGAAGUUAGCCCAGGCGCAGGGUAGAGGGCCUUCUUGGUAGUGGCCCCCUCCCUGUGCAACACCCUCCCUUCAGAUGUCAAGGAGAUAAACAACUAUCUGACUUAGAAGACAUCUGAAGGCAGUCCUGUCUUAGGAAAGUUUUUAAGGACUGAUGUUUUUACUAUGUUGCUAGAUAUGUUGUAUGUUUCCCCACCCAGAAUGGCUGGGGAAACCCAGCCAGAUGGGUGGGGAUUUAUUUAUUUAUUUAUUUUGCAACUGGUGCAGGUCCCAUUGUGACCCUGUGGCGAGCUCUGGAUGCCAGGUUGGCAACUGAGGAAAGCAGAAUGUCACUUAGAGAAGUGUCUGAAAUAUUUUCCUUGAAGCUUGAAUUAAUUUUAUUCUGGAUUGUUUUAUUUGAUGUUUUAGUGUGUUGUAAAUCGUGUUGUGAUUUUUUCUUUAAAAUAUAAAGUGGUAUCGAAAUGGAAUUAUUAUUAUUAUUAAUAAUAAUAAUAAUAAUAAUAAUAAUAAUAUCACAUCAGGCAAGGGGGAAUGGCGCCUAGACAUUCCGUUGUGGCAACCAUAGCCCAGGUUUAAUGUGCCAUUUGCCAAUUAGAUCAUAUACAGUGGUGCCUCGCAAGACGAAAUUAAUUCAUUCCGCGAGUUUUUUCGUCUAGCGAAUUUUUCGUCUUGCGAAGCACGAAAUCCCAUAGGAAUGCAUUGAAAUUCAAUUAAUGCGUUCCUAUGGUCAAAAAAAGUCCAAUCAAAGCCAAAUUCGGUACAACAAGAGUUUAUUAACUGCUCUUUAAAGUCACACAUACUUUAAAGAGCAUAUCAACAAUUGAAGGAACAAUAAAUUAAGUUUCUAAACAUGACCGGAAAAACAUUUAAAAAUCAAAAAGGGUACAUUACAUUUUCUAAGACUCUGGGGACCACUCGAAGAAGGUUCCUCUUCCACUCUUUGCUUCUUGCUGAGGAACCUGUCCAUGGUCUGCUGCUUCAUCCGCCGUUUCAGCAGCUCCCUGAGAGGCGACAUGACCGUCGUAUCAAAAAUGUUCGCUUGGUCAUGUGCCACGUGCUUGUCAGGGUGGUGCCGCUCUGCAAAAGCCUGCACCUCAUUCCACUUCUGGCAAAUGUCCCUCAGUUCUUUGGAGGACAGCCGUUCCUCAGUUGCUUCCUCCUCUUCCAGCGAGGCCUGCUCCUGCGCAACCUCUGACUGCAGUUCAACCAGCUCCUGGGUGGUCAGCUCGUGGUCGUGCUCCUCCACCAGCUCACAAACGUCCUCCUCUGUGACCUCCAGGCCCAAGGUCCUCCCCAAGGCAACAAUGUCCUGCACCACUGUCGACUCUGGUGCAUCAGAGUCACUUGGUGCCACACAGUCCGGCCACAGGCUGCGCCAAGCGCAAUUCAAAUUCCUCUGGCUGAUCCCCUUCCAGGCCGUGGUGAUCAUCUUCAAGCAGGUGACGAUGUCGAAGUGGUCCUUCCAGAAUUCCCGCAGGGUGAUGGUGGUGCAAUCAGUCACCUCGAAGCAUCGCCUGAAAAGCUCCUUGGUGUAGAGUUUCUUGAAAUUGGCGAUGACCUGCUGAUCCAUCGGCUGGAGCAGUGGCGUGGUGUUAGGCGGCAGGAACAUGAUGUUGAUGAAGCUGAACUCCUCCAACAAGUCCACCUCAAGGCCUUUAGGAUGAGCAGGAGCAUUGUCCAUCAGAAGCAAAGCCUUCAGCGGCAGGUCAUUGUCCAGCAGGUACUGUUUGACAGCAGGGCCAAAGGCAAGAUUGACCCAGUCCACAAACAGCACACGUGUGACCCAAGCCUUGCUGUUGGAUCGCCACAUGACACUCAGCCGCUCCUUGUCGACCUUGUGUUUCUUGAAGGCCCGUGGGUUCUCCGAGUGGUACACCAGCAGGGGCUUGAUCUUCAGGUCGCCGCUUGCGUUGGCACAGAAGAGCAGGGUCAGACGGUCCUUCAUGGGCUUGUGGCCAGGCAACUUGGCCUCCUCCUGUGUGAUGAAAGUCCUUUUGGGCAUCCUCUUCCAAAACAGCCCGGUCUCGUCGCAGUUGAAGACCUGCUGUGGAACGUAGCCCUCCGUCUUCACAACCUCCAGGAACUCCAAGGCAAAGUCUUCAGCCGCAGGAACAUCAGAACUGGCAGCCUCUCCAUGCCUGACCACGCUGUGGAUUCCGGAUCUUGCCUUGAACCGGUCAAACCAGCCUCUGCUUGCCUUGAAGACUUCUGGCUCGGCCGAGGUUCCUGGCUGUUCCCGGAUGAGGUCUGCGUGCAAGGCCUUGGCCUUCUCACAAAUCACGGCCUCAGUCACUGUGUCCCCUGCACGCUGCUUCUCUUCUAUCCAGAUGAGGAGCAACUUCUCGACCUCCUCCAGAACAGCUGGGCGGUUCUUCACGAUCCUGGUGACUCCCUUGGCUGCAUCAGUCGCAAGGAUCUUCUCCCUCAUCUUCAGGAUGGUCCCGAUGGUCGAUGGGUUCCUGCCGUACUCCCUGGCGAGGUCCGUCACACGCAUUCCACCGUCGUGCUUCCGGAUGAUCUCCUUCUUCAUCUCCAGCGUCACCUUCUCCUUCUUCCUCUCGCCGGCCUCCGCAGCAGCAGCAGUCUUCUUGGGUCCCAUGGCAGCACAGCUGUUACCUUUGUAAAACUCAGAAAAAGAAAAAGAAAAUCAGCAAUUCAAACCCACAACCAAGUCCUUGAAUUCCAAACACCCAACCCAAAAUCCAAAAACCCAAAAAAAAAGUUUUAAAAGUUUAACUUACGAAAUGGCUGCAAAUCACCAAAGUCUUCAAAAUCCUCAAAUGGCUGCAAAAGAAAUUUUGGGAAAGCUUUAAAAAUCACCAAAGUCUUCAAAAACCUCAACUGUUCCCCCAGCCCCUCCCCAACUGUUGCAAACCCCUCCCCAACUGUUGCAAACCCCUCCUCAACUGUUCCCCCAGCCACCCAGCACACAGAAAUUCAAAACCCAGAAAAUUUUUCAAAAAAUAACAACAUGGCCCAAUGCUUACAGAAAACCAUAAAAAUUCAAAAAAAAAGCACACAAGCUCCCAGAUUCCUGCAAACCCCUCCUCAACUGUUCCCCCAGCCACCCAGCACACAGAAAUUCAAAACCCAGAAAUUUUUUUCAAAAAACAACAACAUGGCCCAAUGGUUACAGAAAACCAUAAAAAUUCAAAAAAAACCACACAAGCUCCCAGAUUCUUGCAAACACCUCCCCAGCUGUUCCCCCAGCCACCCAGCACACAGAAAUUCAAAACCCAGAAACUUUUUCAAAAAAAAACAACAUGGCCCAAUGGUUACAGAAAACCAUAAAAAUUCAAAAAAAACCACACAAGCUCCCAGAUUCCUGCAAACCCCUCCUCAACUGUUCCCCCAGCCACCCAGCACAAAGAAAUUCAAAACUCAGAAUUUUUUUUCAAAAAACAACAACAUGGCCCAAUGGUUACAGAAAACCAUAAAAAUUCAUAAAAAACCACACAAGCUCCCAGAUUCUUGCAAACACCUCCCCAGCUGUUCCCCCAGCCACCCAGCACACAGAAAUUCAAAACCCAGAAAUUUUUUUCAAAAAAAAACAACAUGGCCCAAUGGUCACAAAAAAUCAUAAAAAUUCAAAAAAAAGCACACAAGCUCCCAGAUUCUUGCAAACCCCUCCUCAGCUGUUCCCCCAGCCACCCAGCACACAGAAAUUUAAAACCCAGAAACUUUUUUCAAAAAAAACCAACAUGGCCCAAUGGUCACAAAAAAUCAUAAAAAUUCAAAAAAAAGCACACAAGCUCCCAGAUUCUUGCAAACCCCUCCCCAGCUGUUCCCCAUCCACCCAGCACACAGAAAUUCAAAAUUCAAAGCCAGAUUUUUUUUAAAAAAAAAUAAACAUGGCCCAAUGGUCACAGAAAAUCAUAAAAAUGCAGAAAAAAACCACACAAGCUCCCAGAUUCUUGCAAACCUCUCCCCAACACCAAGUCCUUGAAUUCUAAACACCCCAACCCAAAAUCCCAAAAACCCCAAAAAGUUUUAAAAGUUCAACUUACCAAACAGCUGUAGAAGAAGUUUUGGAAAAGCUUCAAAAAUCCAGCAAACUCUUUAAAAAGCUCAGAAAGGCCACCACACCGCGUGCAAUGUGUUGCUCCUCGAGGUCAAGUCGCAACUGCACCUCUUCAAGCAAUGCACCCUGGGUUUUAACGGUUUUACGAAAAAGGAAACAAACUUGCAAGACGUUUUCGUCUUGCGAAGCAAGCCCAUAGGGACAUUCGUCUUGCGAAGCAACUCGAAAACGAAAAAACCUUUCGUCUUGCGAGUUUUUCGUCUUGCGAGGCGUUCGUCUUGCGGGGCACCACUGUAGAUGAGUUUCUAACAUGGAGUCAGAGGCUUCUCUGGAACCCUUAGUCCAGAAUUUGAACUCUGGUCUAGCUGAAAGGCCAUGACUGUAAUCUGUAUCUCACCAAUUCUCUUUUAAGUAGGAUGGAACUGUUAGAACAGCCCCUAUAUUUGGUCUUUGGCUUGCUUUUUCCUUUGUAACAUUUUGAGUUGAAACUCUUAAGAGGACUUUUGAAAAUUGCUCCCUCUCCCAAGCUGUCUGUUUUUAAAUAACUUCCUUGAGCUAGUGCACAACUGGGUUAUUACAAUAAUAAAUCUGAUUUUUGAAGGCUUUCUCUUUUUGUGCACUGAAUUUUUGUGUGAUACUUCCUGUUGGAAACAGAUGCCUGGGGGAAUAAGCGAGAUCACCGGGGAGCCUUCCUAGUCGACCGUAGUCCUGAGUACUUUGAACCAAUUUUGAACUUCUUGCGUCAUGGACAGCUUAUUGUAAAUGAAGGCAUUAAUUUGUUAGGUAUGUAUUAUUGGGGUACCAGUCAUGUUAUCAUUCUGUUGUUCUUUGCUGCCAAACUCUUGUUCUUAGAUGAUCCUAAAGAGGCUAGUGGAUGGUGCUGUCAAAAAGCUAAUUGUUGCUUAGUUUGGUUUUCCUUAGCAGGGGUGGGGAGGAGCGCAUCCUGCAGACUUAAGAGCCAAACAUAUAUGGAAUUCUGAAGAUUGAUUAUUGAAGUAUUAAAACAAAAUGGAACAAAAAUAAAUUGCAGCUGAGAGAGGUGGACUCUAGCUUGGGACAUAUCCAGCUAAGAUAUACUCAGAGGAGAUCCAUUGAAAUUAGUAGACCAAAGUUAGCUGUGUCUACCUAUUGUUAGUGGGUCUACUCUGUGUAGGACUAGCAUAUUAGAAUUUGAACAUCCUGCCACUGAGGGAAGGGUUGCUUAUCCUCUUUUCCCCUCGCAUUAUUUUCACACUCCAAAUGCCGCUCCUGAAGCUGUUAAAUCAUUUGGGUGGGAGUGUGGAGAGGUCUCUUUCCCAGUGGUCUCCUGGCAGCUUUGGAGGAGAAAGGGAAGAAAGCCAAUCUUCUUUCUUUCUUUUUUGAAGGAAAAUAAUGAUAGAAAAAAGGGGUCAAGUCUUCUUCCCUGACCUAAUUCAGGGCCACUUUGGUUAAUUCUUAGCUUUAAAAAAGAAGAAACAUGUCAGAAUAUAUUAUCGUAGAGCUCACACUUUACAUCCUAGCUCUUAAUUGAUUGGAGCUAGAGAAACUAUAACUAACACAGAAUACAUUCUCAGUAUAGCAUGUCAAAACUCCCCUUGGCUCAAGUGGGACAAAUACUUCACCCUAAAUAUAUUUGUUGCUGUCAGCUUAUUAAAGGCUGGAAUAAUCGCCGUUUUAUUAAUCAGAAGUGUGUGAGAGGAAUUUGGGGACAUUGCAUCCUGUGCUCUUAAAUUUUAUUCACCUCUUUGCAUCCCCCAUGGAAAAAAACAGUACUUGUUUUGGAAGCAUACGCUUCCGAAAUUGGAUAACCAUGAGGCCCUUUGGGCUGGAAAUCUAAUUCUCCUUUCCUCCAUCCCCAAUUACAUCCAAUAUAAGAUGUGUACGACCGACAGUUUUAUUGGUGUGCGCUGCUCAUAGGAGAGAGUUUAAAACUUUUAAGCAACCUCAUUCUCUUGCCAAGAGAAGAGGUAACCUCAACGGGUAUGAAGCUGAAAUACGCAGUCUGAGUUGCUGCAGUCACAGGACUGGACUGGGCCCUGUGCACAUGUAAUAGUCCAGUGCUCUGGCUGCAGAGAGACCUGAGUUCAAAUCCUCACCCAGCCAUGAAGCUAUUCUGUGCCAUUAUGAGCUCAACAGAAGAAAGGGGGAUAGAAUUGUGUAUAAUAAUAAUAAUGAUGAUGAUGAUGAUGAUGAUGAUGAUGAUCUAAUCAGGAUUUCACCUAAUCACAGUUAAUGAACCUUUGCAGGAUUUUGUGUGCUCGCUGUCUCUCACUCACUCACACCCCUCUGCUGCCCAGGUUUAACCCCCUUAUAAUUUCAGUUAGUACUGAUUAGAAAUACUGUAGGGUUUUGGUUGUUUCUUUACAUUUUACUACUUAUGACACUUCUUUUAAGAGUAAUAGUUAAAAUAACAAUUUAAAAACACCUGCCCCACCCCAAUGGUGGUGGGUAUGGGUGUUGUUUAAGUUAACGCUAACCAUGGUGUGUUGUUGACCAGUUUUGAAACUGUCUUCAAACCCAUAUUUCAAGUCCUGCUUAACUGCAACUAUGGUUAAUGCUCAUAAUGGUUAAAAUGGGUAGAAACAUCUUCCCACUGGUGCGAGGGCUCCGUUACUGGAUGCUGCGCAGCGUGCAUGUUAGCGGGAGCCCAUUUGCUGAUCAAGUGGGGCGUUGCUUGUACUGACAUAAGCUAGUUAGAGAUUAGAUUCCGUUCGACUUCCGAGGUACUGCAUAAAUUGCCUUGAGACAUAUACAGUGGUACCUCUGGUUACAUACACUUCAGAUUACAGACUCUGCUAAACCAGAAAUAUUACCUUGGGUUAAGAACUUUGCUUCACUUUGGGGAAGAAGAAGAAUUUGUGCACAAUCUUGUGACUGGCUCCUGCAACCCCGUUUAAGGGAACAGGAUGCUGAGCAUGUCUGAAACUACAUGGUAUGUCAUUUCUUUGCAGCUUUUCACCAUUGUUUUUUUAGCUGUUUUUAUUAUACAACCUUGGUUGUUGAACGCCUUGGUACUCGUAUGUUUUGGCUCCCGAACGGCAUGAACUUGGAAGUGAGCGUUCUGGUUUGCAACCAUUCUUUGGAAGCCGAAUGUUCAGUGAGGCUUUCACAGCUUCCGAUUGGCUGCAGGACCUUCCUGCAGCCAAUCAGAAGCCACACCUUGGUUUCCGAAUAUUUUGGAAGUCGGACGGACUUCCGGAGCGGAUUCCGUUCGACUUCUGAGGUACUGCAUAGAUUGCCUGGAGACAUAUACAGUGGUACCUCGGGUUACAUACGCUUCAGAUUACAGACUCCACGAACCCAGAAAUAUUACCUUGGGUUAAGAACUUUGCUUCAGGAUGAGAACAGAAAUCGUGCAGUGGCAGCACAGCGGCAGCAGGAGGCCCCAUUAGCUAAAGUGGUGCUUCAGGUUAUGAACAGUUUCAGGUUAAGAACGGACCUCCAGAAUGAAUUAAGUUCUUAACUUGAGAUACCACUGUAUGUGGAAGGUAAUUAAUUAAGAAUAAUGAUAAUUGUAAUUUAUAGCAAGGAUACCGUACAUUCAUGUUCUUUUCUCUUGUGCUAGGGGUCUUAGAAGAAGCCAGGUUUUUUGGGGUUGACUCACUGAUUGAACACCUAGAAGCAGCUAUUAAGGUAAUUACAGUUUUUGCAACCACCUCAUUUUCUUGCCCAAUAAAAAUGUCAGUGAUAUUGGGCUGAACUUUCUAUUCAUGUCUACUCAGAAGCAAGCAUUAUAAAGGCUGGAAAUUAACUGGAGCACAUCUCACUGAAAACAACAGAAAUUCUGGGUAGACACAUAGGAUUGCACUGUAAGGGGGGUUUCUACACUCAGAUAAUUUGCUUAUUAGAAAAAUGUUGAAAUAACUAUGUGGUAUGUUAGAUUAAUAUAGACAUUUUAUUAUUAUUAUUAUUUCUCUUGGAUUACAAAACAGCUGUAAAAUAAAUGUGCUAAAUCACAAUCCAUAUGCAUCAGAAAUUUUCUCCCAGUUCAGAAUUUUUCCAAAAUCCCAACAUCACUGAAAACUUUUUUUAAAAAAAAUGAUAUUUAUUGAAAAUUUUUGAAUUACAAAAGAAAACAAAGAAGAAAAAGAGAAAGAAAAAACAAAGAAAAAACAAACCACAGUCAAACAAUACAGAUUGAUAGAAAUCAAAAUCGAAAAAUAUCACAACACGCUCAAAAAACAAAAAUAUACCACAAACAUUUAAAAACAAAUCCAAUAUUCUCAAAUCCUUAACUGUCAUUACCUUCUUUCUUUGACCUCCUCCUCCUCCUCCCUUUUUUUGUAUCCUGGUUAUUAAUUGUCGCAGCAAAUCCUUUCCAUAUUUCAUAAUAUUCUGUCAUUACUUUACCUUAAUCUAUUUUAAUCUUAUCUUACUAUAAAAACCUUAAAGCUUAAAACUUAAAUCUUAUUUUUACCAAUUUCUCAUAACCAUAAUAUUCUUACAUAAUUCUUUAAACAUUUUUGCUAAAGCCAAAUAAUUUCGUUCCAACAUUUUCCUAACAUUCAUCAAUUUUAUAAAACAACCCUAAUAAAAAAACAACAACAACAAAAAAUCCAAUCUUCAUCCAGCGUCUCUUUCUCCUGGUCCCGGGUUUUGUCAGUCCUUUCUAUCUCAUCAAUCUAGCGCAUUAACCUGGCAAUCUUAUGUCCGAGGCCCUUAAGUCACUUCCAUGUCCCUUCCGCAGCUCUUCUUCAUAUUUAUAGCUGUAUUUUCCUUUAUCUCCUGCUCCUUUCACUCUUGGGAACUCCAGCUUGACAAUGCUUUUGACCCUUCUCGACAAAUCAGCCCCUUUUACAUAGUCCAGACUAAGCUCCAUGUGGUAUUUAAGAACAUGUUUCAAAAUCCCUCCAAAAUUAAGAGCCCCCACAACCCCAAACUUCUCACGGCCCAUUGCCAGACUUGAAAAGUCCAAACCUCCAUGCAUAGGGGGGUCUAUCCAACCCCCCACUUCCAAACCAAACCAAACCAAACUUUAUCUUUCCAAAUCUGGCUUUUUCCAAGUUCAUUUGUCAAAUCCAAGAAUUCAUGUUCCUGCUGGGCCACAGCUCCCUCCAUCUCUGGCGCCCAAGAUUCAGAAACAUCCUCUUCCCUCAUCUGUUCUGUCAGGGCACACUCCUGAUCUGAUUCCUGGGUGGGCUCUGUAUAAUUUCCCACUGCCUGUCCAAAAUUUCUGAUCGCAUCAGUCAUAAAAUCCGUCUUCUCAUGUAGCUGUUCCAGUAGGGCACUUGUUUUACAGAAAGCACACAACAGAGCUUCUGAAUAUAUUGUCCUGCAAGGUCAGAAGUCUAUUCCCACGAUCGUAAUCUGUGACAGCUGCAAGCUCCCCGAUUCAGAGUUGGUUACAGUUUCACAGGCUCCCUCUAGGGGAAGAACUUCUGCUUGUUCUUUUCUUUUAAAGACAGAUCUAACAACAAAGUUUCCUUUUUCAGAUAUUUUGUCAAUAUUUGUUCCUUUAAAAUGCGAAGGGGAACAAUGGAGUCACUAUGUUUCUCUUCUUUUAGCUAUCUGUCAGAAACGUUUGUCUCUGGUCAGUGAGCUUCAAAAAACGUCAGUCCUGACACCCCACUCCAGGAUCAAGACGGUGGAAAGUUACUUUGCUUUACACUCACUUCUGCAGGUUUAAACAGUCCGGAAAAAAAAAUCCCCCCUCUUCUCCUGCUUCCGAAGGGGGUUCAAUAAUUUAAAAUGAUGAAAGUUAAUCCUUUACAAGCGAUUUUCAGAACUCUAAUUUGCCAUGUCUUUGCUUUAAUCUAUCUACAAAGGAACGGAAGGCUGACUUCCUGUUUAGACCUUCCCGUCAGUGCCAAAUUAAAAUAAACUUUUAAGUCCAAUUUUCCUUUCAGCUCACAAAUCCUUAUUUAGAGUCCAAUUGUCCGAAAUUUAAGUACUCACGGGUGAUUGUUUUAAAAGCCAAAUUGUCCCAGGAAAAAGGCAGCGCUCUCCGGCAACGGCUGUGCGGCUUCACUCCACGGAAGAAGCAGUUGACUCUCAGCACCGCGCCACUUCCCCCUCUUCGCUCCGGAGCCCGUUAGUGGGUUCCUUUGCGGAUUGGGGGGGCGCUAAAGGUUCCCGCCGAGUCCCAUGGUCACAGGCUUCAUCCGCCUGUGAUUUUUAAAAGGGUCCCCGCUUCGCCGUAGCAGAAAAGACCCGUUUCCCGUGGAGCUGGUCCCUCCAAAUCAGAGGGAGUCCGCCAUUACUGAUGGCGCCACCCCGGAAGUCCCCAACAUCACUGAAAACUCAACUAGUAGUUGAAUGUCAUUUCUUGCUGCUCUUCUUCUUUCCCUACAGAAUUCACAACCAGCUGAAGAUCAUUCGCCAAUCUCCCGAAAGGAAUUUGUUAGGUUCCUACUUGCGACUUCAACCAAAUCUGAGCUACGCUGUCAGGUAUCAAGAACAAAGAUUGUUCUUUGUUAGUUAGGGUUAUUCUAUAGGUUAUCAUAUAACUCCUAAGGCAAGGUGGGGGAUCUGUUUCAGCCUGAGGGUCAGGGCCAGAACUGGCCUAUCCUUUGUGGGACAUUUCAGGCCAAUGGGCAGAGCCCACCCACCGGUCAAGUUUCAAUCUGCUAGGUGGCGGAGGAAGCUUUUGAUGUGGAGCAGAAUUUAAAAAUGUGUCCCCAUGUUUCUAUCUGAGAUGGUAUAAGAGCCUGCUGGAGGGUGUGUCUAGUCCAGCCUCCUGUUCUGGCAGUGGCCAACCAGGUGGCUCUGGAAAGCCCUGAGUGAAAUAGCACUCACUCACUUUGGAUUCCCAGCAGCUGACAUUCAGAGGCAUAUUGCUUUUGACAGUGGAUCUAGAAGAAAGCCGUCAUGAGCAGUAGCCGUUGAUGGCCUCUGUGAAUUUUACAUUCUUUUGCUUCAUUUUUGGACAUUUCAUGCCGGUAGAAAGACUAGCACAGGUAGAACUGUAAUCCCUCUGUAAGAAAUGCUAGUUUUUUAAUUGAAGGAAUUCUUUUGCAUUUUUACAUGGGGAGCAUUACAAAUGGUGUUCCGUCAUCCACCGUUUAAUGUGGUAUGGUCUACUCUCCAACCACAUUCUACUGAAUGUGUAAAUGAAGGGUGUGACUACUACCUACUGUUCCGGUAACUUAAUGAAACAAAAAUAAAUAAAUCAUGAUCCAGCCAUAUCCCACAAUGAAUUGGAAUAAUUUGAUCUUUUACCAAUGAAAAUCUCUCUAUAGAAAAUCCCCCCAUCUUUCUACAAAGCAGAUAAUUUGUUUGUUCUCUUGAUCAGUAUAAUGCCAAUACAGUCAACAAUUACACAGAGUUGAUUAAUUCAUAUUCAGUGGUGCUCUUUUUUGUUCAUGACCAUGCAACAGCCAGUAUUGUUAACCGGGUAGUUCCAAAAUUAAAUCCCAUCUCAUCCCCACACACAGUCUGUGGCUUAAGGCUCUGGACACGUUUCUUAGCGCCAGUGCUGCAUCUACAGUGUGGGGGUGCCACCAUCCUCCCCAACGGGCUUCAUUGUAAGGGAUUCUUGAGAUCAUGUAGGCAAAGUUUGUUGAGUGCUCUGAAGUGCUAUACAGGCAGCAAGUCUUUCCCCCCUCCCUUCUCCCAAUUUUUCAGGGUUUAAAUUUCAGCGGGGCAGAUCUCUCUCGUUUAGAUCUCCGAUAUAUCAACUUCAAGAUGGCCAACUUGAGCCGAUGCAACCUGGCCCAUGCCAACCUGUGCUGUGCAAACCUUGAACGAGCAGAUCUCUCUGGAUCAGUUCUAGAUGUGAGUGUUGUUUGGAGUGGGGCUAAAAACCAGCAUACAUUUGUCUCUAGAACAAAGUUGGGUACAUUUAUGCAGCUGGCCUGAUUAACUGAAUAAGGUUUCUUUAAUAGCAUGACAACAUUGCCCUGAGUCCAGGAGUGGCGGACCUCAGGCCUGGAGGCCAAAUACAGCCCUCCAGUCCUUCCUAGCAAGCCCUUGGGACUCCUGCAGGCCACACUCCCUUCCCAGCCACACCCCUUGCCCAGGACUUCGUCCUAUUUGCAUGGCAAGAAUGUGUCCUUGAGCUCUGAUAAUGCCUCUUGCCUGCCUGCCUGGAGGAUAGAGAGGGAUGUGUGAGUAUGUAUAGAAACUAGCCUAAGGAUAACAGCUGCAUUAGUUGUCCUGAAACCCUGGAGUGCUGUUGCCAGUCAGUAUAGACCAUAAUGAGCUAGAUGAACCGGUGGCCUGGCUUGGUAUAAGGGCAGCUUCCUAAUUUCCUAAUUCCCUAAUUUCCCAUCCUAUACAUUCUUCAAUACCUCUCUCCACCACCUGGAUUCACCUGCAAAAUACACAAGAGGCAUCGGAGCUGGAACAGAAGUGUCCUUGAACCAUUGCUUGAAGAGAAUUGCAGGGUUUUUUACCCAUCCGCUGGGACAGGACCAAAACCAGUGCUUUUGGAAUACUGGAGGGUAGAUGUAGGAAAGACUUUUGGAAAAUAAGAACAUUGUAACAAUUAAAUAGGCUACCAAUGGGGGCUGUGGAAUUUCCAUAAGCAAAGGCUGGUCAGGCAUGUCUCAAACAUAGAAUAUUCACAUCUGGACCAGUUAAUACGUUGCACAUCUUCUGACUCUGAUUCAUUUUAGCUGUCUCUCUCUCUCCAUCAGUGUGCCAACCUCCAAGGAGUAAAGAUGCUUUGUUCUAACGCAGAAGGAGCAUCCCUGAAAGGGUGCAAUUUUGAGGACCCCUCUGGCCUUAAAGCUAACCUAGAAGGUAAAAACAAAAACUUGGUGCCUUUCUGCUUUUAUAUGACACAUGCUGUAGUGACAGGGAAAUUCUGAAAUAGCUUGGAGGAUUACAGGCAUCUCCCCACUUAUGUGGGGGUUACAUUCAGAUGCCCUGCAUGCAUAAGUGAAAUUGCAUAAUAUGGGGAGCAUUCUUUAAAUGCCCUCUCUGACACUCUCUCUUCAAUUCAUACAAAAAAUACUGUAUCCAAGAGUAUCCGCAACUAGAAUUGAAGCUCUGGGGCCGGCAGGAGGCUGGAGGACGCAUGGGAAAGUGGCUGUGGCUGCUGCUGCUGCCCUAAUCUGCCAAUCAGCUGUUAGGUGGGGAGGCUGAGCAGUGUAAACAAAUCACCACUGUGCCUCUGGCCUCUUUGGGGCUUCCUCCACCCUCACUGACGUCUUCUUUGGGCUCCAGGGAAUGUCUCCUCAUGAGCCUCAAGGACUCAGCUCUCCUGCCAUUUCCAGGUUGAAUUGUAUUAUUUAAAUAUUUCCCAGCUCCAUGAGUUCAUGCAGCCACACGCAAGUAAUUUGUGUGUAAGUGUGGGGGGACGGGACACCUGUACUAAAGCCAAAAUGAGCUCAUCUGCUGAACUUACAGUCUCCAUAUUACUCUUGGAUAAUUCUGAAGAUGGAUUGCUUCAUAAGUGUGUUGGUUUGGAGUAGGGAGGCAUAGAUGAUGGCACCUCCAUAUCAGGCAGCUGACGAUGGGAAAGAGCCUUGUCUGAGACCUUUAACUGCAUUUCAUUAAGAAACCAGAGCAUCAAGCUGCAGAACUAGAGUGGUUGUUCUCAAUGAGAAGGUCAAGAGCAGGCAAUGAGAAUGAACUCAUUCACAUUUUUAAACUGGACUUAAAAUGUUAUUUCCUACUUCAGGUGCUAACUUGAAAGGAGUUGAUAUGGAAGGUAGUCAGAUGACUGGAAUAAAUCUGAGAGUUGCAACUUUGAAAAAUGCAAAGCUAAAGAACUGCAACCUGAGAGGAGCAACUCUUGCAGGAACUGACUUGGAGGUAAGUUACAUUUUCAGCUUUUGAUCAACAGCUGAGCAUUUACAGGGUUUCUGUUAACACUUUUCACAAAUCUCAGGUGACUUUUCAUUUAAAAGGGUCUUUGGUUCUCAAUGCUACUGAAUACAUUUUUGUAUCUUUCCAUGGCUAGCUACCUUUUGGUUCGCUGUUGGCGCCAACAGUAAGGUAUCGCCUUACAUUUGUAAUAAAUUAUCAAAAGUGUUUGCCCAUGAAGGUGACUCAGAAACUACAACUAAUCCAGAAUGUGGCAGCUAGACUGGUGACUGGGAACGGUCGACGGGACCAUAUAACACCGGUCCUGAAAAGCCUUUAAAUGGCCUCAGCCCUGCAUACCUGAAGGAGCAUCUCCACCCCAAUUGUUCAGCCCAGACACUGAGGUCCAGCGCUGAGGGCCUUCUGGUGGUUCCUUCACUGUGAGAAGUGAGGUUACAGGGAACCAGGCAGAGGGCCUCCUUGGCAGUGGCGCCUGCCCUGUGGAACGCCCUCCCUUCAGAUGUCAAGGAAAUAAACAACUGUCUGACUUUUAAGAGACAUCUGAAGGCAAACCCUGUAUAGGGAAGUUUUUAAAUGUUUAAUUUUUUAUUAUGUUUUUAUAUAUGUUGGAAGCCACCCAGAGCGGCUGGGGCACAGAUAGGUGGGGUGCAAUUAUUAUUAUUAUUAUUAUUAUUAUUAUUAUUUAUUAUAUAAAAACACAAUUAACAACUAAAAGGAGCAUCCUCUUUAAUAUCAAAAUAAACAUUGCACAUAAAAAGCAGCUACAAAACACAAAGAAAAUUCACAAGCGUAGUAAACGAAUGUACAAAAUAUCCUCUGAGCAUCAGGAAGUAAAAUGCUGCAAAUGGAAAUCAACUAAGGUGAAUAAAUUCAACCUAACUUAACAAGAUGGAAGCUGUUAGCUUUGUGUGUGUGCGUGUUUUAAACAUAUAAAAAGAGGAGACUUUAGUUACCAACGUCUCUCUGCCAUUUCAGAAUUGUGACCUGUCGGGCUGUGACCUGCAAGAAGCCAAUCUGAGAGGGUCAAAUGUGAAAGGAGCCAUCUUUGAAGAGAUGCUGACGCCGCUACACAUGUCUCAGAGUGUCAGAUAGGCUCUCCAGAAGAAUGGGAGCUUCUUGCUGCAGAUCACCUUCGUUCCACCCUUUAUCCUUAAUAACGUAGGAGCAACAAUUCUUCCAUGGCUUUGAGUUUCUCUGUGGUUGACUAAGGAACUGCCUCAGAUCACACAUAUGUGGGAAUUUCCCUUUCAUAGGCGUAGAAGUAGCUGUUGAACCAAACCAUGAAAGUUGGAGGGCUUUGGAAGCAGAGAUGUUGCUGUUUGCUCUGAAUACGUUGGCACUUGUGCACCACCUCACUCACUCCAGAAUGCAUUUUAAGAGAUUUGUUAAUUUAUUAAAGCACAAUAUAUGCAAUUUAUAUUUAUUAAAUGUCUAGUAGCAGUAUGGAUCAUACACAGUAGCCAAAAAAUGAGGUUUUGAUUUGUUCAUGUUGCAUAUUAAUUAGCCCACUUGCCCCCUUUCAGGUACCACUUUUGUUGUGACCAAAUAGGUCCUUUUAAUCUGUUUAGGUGUUUAGCAUAAAUAAGACCCAGUACACUCCAGGGAAGGUGCAAGUAAACCUCAGACAACCAAUGUUGGAUUUUCUCUGUAACAUUGCUUUAUUGAUUAACAAACAUGACAAGACAGGAGACAUGCACUUAAUCAUACACACAUCCAUACUCCCCACUCUACACUGGAUUGAUCUGACCCAGUAAGAGGCACAGGUGGCAAACGACAGCUGUCAAUGCACACAACUGAGGCUGGAGGGCUUUGAUAUACACCUUGUUCGUUCAUCUGAUGCCUGGCAACUCCUGAUGCUUACACAACUCCUUGUCGUUGGCAUGUUUUCGGCAUCUCACAUCCUUGUCCUUGACAACAUCUCAUCCUUGUCCUUGGCAUCGUCUCACAACUCUUAUCUUAUCUGACUGUUUUGUAAAGCUGUGCAGCCCAAUACCAACCCGCCUUGUGCUGUUCCGUUCCCACACACACAGUUUUUGCCAAAACAUCAAGAUGUUUUCCCCAUCCGUUAGCACUUAUACAACACAGUUCAUGAGCAGUUCACUGACAGUUCAAAGACAUUGCAUCCAUUUUGUGGUGGUGUUCCGCCUUUCAGGCCCACGCAAACUAUACCAUUCGCUACACUUUCAAAGUCAUCUUUGUAGAACGAGAAUGGCUGCUAGCUAGAGUAUCUACGUGUAAGAUAGGCUUCACUCCUGUGAGCUCAGAUUAAUUUAUUCACUGUUUCAGAAUAACGAAUGAUGAAGGGCCAUCUUGCCCCCAUCCCUUAACAGAGUGCUGGGUGUAGCAAGAACUUCCUUUCAUGGUGCAGACCCAUUCAUCAGUCACAUUUGGAAGUGUGAGAGAAGUUGUGUGCUCUGGUCUGAACAUCCCCUGCUGCUUAUUAUAGCACACUUUGAAAUUGGAUACACUCAGGGUAGAGGCUGUCAGCCCCAGAUCCCAGAGGUUUAUCCAUUAGGAACAUAGGAACCUGUUGAUAAUAUGGUAGAACCAUUAGUCCAUCUAUCUCUGUAAUGUCUGCAUAUGUCAUAUAUGAUACCAGGUGUGGGGCAGAUGGGUGUGGUUUGGAGAAAACUGCUUUGCCAUUCAAAUUGGGACCAAUGCUGGGCUGAAUUUUGACCACAGGCCCAGCUGCUCCCCAGAGUUUCAGACAGGGGAUUGAACCUGGUACCUUUUGUAGGCAAACCACAUGCUCUGUCACUAGGCUAUUACAAGUGUAGCUGCUUCAAAUGUUAUGGAAGAAAGAUAAUAGCAUAGUUUGUAAGUUACAGCUGGCUGAGUGUGUCUUGAAACCUGUAACAGGCCAGUAUGGUUGCAGACUUCUGCCACUGUGACGAAUGUAUCUCAUUUCUGUCUGGCCCAUUUUUACCUUCUUUCCUGUUAGUUUUUUCCAGGCCAAAUAGAAAGUUGGAUGGGGAAGCUAAACUGCCUAAUCCCAACUUCUGCUGUUGCUCAGAAGUCUCUUAGCAGGGAGUGAUCAGAAACAGUGCAGCCUAAAAUACGUCUUGCCAAAGAUGCCACAGAAAAGAGGUCCAAGCAUUUGGACAGCGAAAAACUUUCUCUGGGCAAACAAUGGGAAACACUACAAGGAAGUCUAAUACACUCUGUACAACAAGUAGAACCUUGGGAUCAGAGUUGCUCCCAGUUGCUCUUUCCCUGUUGUCCAUUUCCCGGGAACUUUUCAAUGUGUCUGCAUCGAGAAAUAGAAACAACCAAUGCUCCACUGGAGCAACAAGGUUAUUUUUUGUUUUGUAAUGCAGGAAUGGUGAGAUUCCCAAUUUCCAUCAGCCCCAGCCAGCAUGGCCAGGAGUGAUGGGACUCAGGGUCCAGCAAAAUCUGGAGGUAAAAGGUUCCUCAUCCCCGAUUUGAUAAAAUGUAGGCACAUAAUUAGAUUUACAAUUCCUGUCUGCCCCCAGCAGCAACUGAAGUGAGGCACGCAGGGUCUUCUUGUUCUCCACUAUUGCUUCUAGAGGAGGGGUAGCCAUUGCACUGCUCUCCAGAUCUUUUGGACUAAAACUCUCAUCAUCCCUGACCAAUGCCCAUGCUGGCUGGGCCGAAUGGGAGUUGAAAUCUGCAACAGUUGGAGGCCAGCAGGUUGGCUUUCCCUGUGCUGCAGUUACAUGUUCCAACUGUAACCUAUGCAACUAUCUAGCUCAUUUAUGAAAGUGGGGAGCUAAGGCAUCUUCCUUUGCGGGUGACCAAAAUAGCUCUGGUUAAACCAGCAUGGCAAAUGUUGCAGAGCCCUUUCUCCCUCCUCAUUGAGCUACCUGGGCUGAGGGAAGUUGUGGUCCAAAAUACCUGGAGGACAGCAGGUUGGCAAAGUGUCUUGUACCAAGAAGGACAUCAUGGACUGUAGGCAGCAUGAGUACUGAGCAAUUCUUCCCACCAACACGACUUUAUCCCAUGAGACUUUGUUCCACUGUAAUGACAAUGCAAAAGCUUUUUCUCUGUAUGUCUUUGUGUUUUCUGUACCUACAAUAGAACAGGCACAUGUAGAAACUUUCAAUACCAAAUAAAAGCUGGGUGCCAGCAAAAAUGGAUACCUCAGGUGCUGACUUCUAUGCAACUCAAAAGACAGAAAUCAAAGGGGUGGACGCUGCCCAAAGGAGGUGGUGAUCAACAACAUGCAUCUCUCCCCUCCUUGGUGAGACUAAACAACUGUGCAGACUAGUCUUUGUAUAAUGAAGACGGCAUGGUAGGAAGCCAAUUUUACCCAGGCUCAUUCAUUCCAUGUGGGAAUGCUUCUGUCCACCAUGUGACACAAAUACUCACUUAUAUUCCUAUAUGCACACUUCUUCACAAGUGAAAAUGUCAUAUGCUGUUUUCUGUCAUGGUGACUGUCCCAGUAGGAAAUAGCGUGUCUGAAACACCUGUAAUGAAUUUUAAGUUAAUGUACCCACCCAAGCAAACAGACUCCAAGUGAACUCUGGUUUUAAUGGUGAACUGGUUUCAUAGAUGAGGGUUUGAAGUUUCUCUUUAACAUGAUAACUUGAACCACAUGCUGUAAGUGUAAUGAAACCUUUGGCCUUCAUUUUUGAAAUUCAUUUCCUUCUGCCGUUCACAAAUAAAGUGCAACCACUCUUUGCUGUUUCACACAGUUGCAGUUUCAACUUCAGUAGAUUAUUUGCUUCUCAAUUCCACGCUUAACCAGGGAAAUUGGGACCUUCAGUCACCUGGAUGAGGUAUGACAGGUAGAGUGCAAGUACAUUGAUGUGGGGUUGGGGCACCGUGAAAUUCUACUGCAGGAACAGGAAGCAAUAUUCUUCUGUACCAAUCUGGAUUCUAAAUCUAAGAACAGGAGUGGGGAACCUGGACCCCUGCCCAGAUGUUGCUAUGCUUCAGAUCCCAUCAUCCCUGGCCUUGUUGACUGGGGCUGAUGGGAGAUAGUGCCCAUCAACAUCUGGAGACACACAAAUGAUUGAGAAUAUUGAAGAACACCAUGGGUGAUUUCAACCAAGUAUUGGCACAGAGGUUGGAGCAGAGCUACUUCAUAGAAAGUGAUGCUUCUUUCAGGGUGCCAAGCCAAGGACUUCCACAUGGUCUUUCAGGUCUGAAGAAAUCAGUUUAGCUUCUCCCCUCCCAACUUGGAUCUUAACAUGUUUGUAUCAGACAGUAGCAGUAAGACAACGUGCUGGAGAAUUCUAUUUUCCUAACUGUAUAAAUGAUACUCAUUUCCUGAAGCCCUAUUUCUUGAGAAAUCACAGCAUGGUUCACUUGCAUAGAUAAGACCUCCAGUGCUGCAGGUGAGGCACAUCUGACCUUGUCAGAGAGUGUGGAUCACACACUGCUGUACAGCUGCACCAAUAAAGAAUAUUCAAAGCUUGCAAGAGUCCUGCCUCUGAACUGGAAAAACGAACCAUGCAAUGUCAUUAACACUGGGAAUCUUGAUUUGUUAUCUAAGCAAGGGACAUCUAGUGUGGCAAGGUAGAAAGCCAUAUUAAUGUGCCUCUGGCUCAUGUGCCCACUCCCUGGUGCACAUGCAUGCACUCCUCCAGCACUGUUUGCUCAUGCAAUGCCACUGGCCCUGUUGCCUCUUCAGCUUCUGACACCUCCUCUUCCCAGUCUUCUCUAUCUUUGUUGUCCCAUCACCACUCCCCGGGCUCUGACCUUUCUUCUCUUGGUGGUUCUCCACCUGGUUCCUCCCACCGUUUCUUCAUAUCCAAACAGUCCAUGACAAGUACUAUUGUGCCAAAGUGGUUUUGCUUGGGAUAGAGAAUACAGAACGGGGGUGGUGGGGGUGGAUUUUAAGGAAUCGCUGAAAUGAUAUACAAGUACCUGUGCGGAACAUAGGAAGCUGCUUUAUAGCAUGUCAGACAUCCGGUCCAUCUAGCUCAGAAUUGUCUACAAUGACUGGCAGCAUCUCUCUCAAGGUUUCAGGCAGGAAUCUUUGAUCCAGGGACCUGCAUGCAAAGCAGGUGCUCUAGUACUAAAGGGCAUAGGAAGCACUACAGCAGGCUUCCUCAACCUCGGCCCUCCAGAUGUUUUUGGCCUACAACUCCCAUGAUCUCUAGGUAACAGGACCAGUGGUCAGGGAUGAUGGGAAUUGUUGUCUCAAAACACCUGGAGGGCCAAGUUUGAGGAAGCCUGCACUACAGGAAGGGGGAAUUGGAGCCAUACCAUGUCCUGUCAUGACUGCAAAAGUCCACCCACUUAGCCAGUUUUUCAGUGUCCACUGUGGCAAUGAUGACUUAAUUUCACCUGCCUCGGAACAUCCAGCCACCUUCCCUAUUAACAAAUGCUAAUAAAAGUUCUUGAUACCUGGCCAUCCCUGCAGGAGGUUCACAUUGUUCCUUCCCUUCAAGGUUGUUGCAACUGAGGAGACAAAAGCAUCUAACCUUUUUAAUUCUCCUUGAUUAUUUUUAGCUUUAGCAACUGCUUUAGUUCACUAAUAUGCAGGGAAAGUGGGGAAGAGAAUGUGAAUAAGGUAAUAGAAAGCUGCGUACACAGGAAUGUAUUCCAUGUAAGCUCCAGUACACCAUUUUUAUACAGCUGUCUAAUAUUUGAGCAGCCUUCUAAUAGCUGAGGGUCAAUAGAAUCACCAGAUACUGUUGUUGUUGUUGUUGUUGUUGUUGUUGUUGUUGUUGUUAUAUCCUGCCCAACUGGCUGGGUUGCUCCAGCUACUCUGGGUGGCUUCCAACACAUAUAAAAACAGAAUAAAACAUCAAACAUUAAAAACUUCAGAUGUCUUCU